UCCUCAUAGGUGCGGAUGCAAAGAUGGCGGAAGAGGAGAGCCAGUUUGAAGAAUUUGAGCAAAUAGACUUUUUGAGAGAUCGACAUGUACGUUUCUUCCAGAGAACACUUCAGGUGUUGCCCGAGAGAUACGCCUCGUUGGAGACAACCAGGUUGACGAUCAUAUUUUUUGCCCUGUCCGGUCUGGACGUGCUGGACGCCCUCGAUGUGAUCGACAGGAACCUCAUGAUUGAAUGGAUCUACUCCCUCCAGGUUCUGCCCACGGAGGAUCAAUCUAACCUGAGUCGUUGUGGGUUUCGAGGGUCGUCACAUAUUGGAAUUCCUUACAGCACUAAGGGUCCAGGUGUCCUCCAUCCUUAUGACAGUGGCCAUGUUGCUAUGACCUACACUGGACUGUGCUCGCUGCUCAUACUGGGAGACGACCUGAGCCGGGUUAACAAACAGGCCUGUCUGGCUGGGCUCAGAGCUCUGCAGCUGGAGGACGGCAGUUUCUACGCUGUGCCAGAGGGAAGUGAAAAUGAUAUACGCUUUAUUUACUGUGCAGCCAGUAUCUGUUACAUGCUGGAUGACUGGUCAGGCAUGGACAUCCAGAAGGCCAUUGAGUACAUCAGGGGAAGUUUGUCGUACGACAACGGGUUUGGCCAGGGAGCUGGGAGAGAGUCGCAUGGUGGCUGGACAUACUGCGCCAUAGCCUCUCUGUGUCUGAUGGGUCGAUUGGAGGAGGCGCUGAAUCAGCGGGAGCUGGACAGGAUCCGGCGCUGGUGCAUCAUGAGGCAGCAGACGGGCUUCCACGGGCGUCCCAACAAGCCUGUAGACACAUGCUACUCCUUUUGGGUGGGAGCGACGCUAGAGCUGUUAGAUGUGUUCCAGUAUACGAACUUUGACAAGAACAGGAGCUUCAUCCUGUCCACGCAGGAUCGGUUGGUGGGGGGAUUCGCCAAAUGGCCGGACAGCCAUCCAGACCCUCUCCAUGCCUACUUGGGGCUGUGUGGCCUGUCCCUGAUCGGAGAGCCCAGUCUGAGGAAGGUCCAUCCAGCUCUUAACAUCACCCAGAGAGCCUUUCAGCACCUCCAGCAGCUGCAGCAGACGUGGAGGGACAGCAGCGCCGGCAGCUGUAGGCGACAGCACUGACAGCAGGACGGCGGUCCACAGGUCUGCCUCUAAACAGGUUGAGUCAAGAACAUCUUAACGGUAGUCGGUCGAAGGCAACUGGACUUUUGCUGUGUGUGUCUUGAAGAUGUUUGGCCUCGUCUUAUUUCAUGACUGGGGGAAGUUUGUUUGAGAAUCCAGUUACACAGUCGUAACUUCAGGGGAGGAGCUCCUUUUACGUCCACCGAAAGAAACUUUUCUCUGAAACAAACUCUGCCCCACGCUUUUUUUUCCGCUGCCUUUUUAUUAGUAGAAAGUAGUUGAUAACAAUGUGCAUUGUGGUUUGUGUGAAUAAAAUGAUGUGCCAGAGAGUCAAAUUGCAGUCACUGGAGACUUGAAGAUAUUCCAGAUGCCUCAAUUUUGCAAAAUCUAUAGAUAAUGAUGUUUUCAGCUCCUUGGCCUCAUCAUCAUCAUCAUCAUCGUCACUCAACGAUUAAUGCUGCUGACUCACUUCACAUGGACAUGAGUAUCCUGUAAAUGUAUAUUUUUCCCAAUCUGAGGAGGGUUUAGGGAACAUCAAAAUUAUCUUUUUAAGUAUUCGUGGAGUAACGUCAGGCUGGUCUGAUUAAAAGUAAAUCAGCUAACUAGGUUUGAAUGAACUAUGCCCUUAUAGUCUAUAUAAGAAAUAAAUAAGAUUUAUAGUUUAAGAUUAACAUCCCCCCAAAAUAAAAUAAAAAAUCAAAGUACUGUCCUCCAGACAGUGCUUUGUAGUGUUUUUUUGCUUUCCUGCCCUGGUAACAUCUUUAUCCUUACAUUGCUCUCGAUCCUCUUGAAACCCUCAAUCUCUUCACUCCCAAGGGUGAUGAUACCAGCCUGGCAGGUUUACUCUCCUGAGUUUCUCCCCUUAGAUUCCACCAGUCUCACCAACACAGGUUUGUUCAGGGAUCAAGGGAGAUUGAAAUGAUAAUACAACUGCUGGAAAGGCCAACAAGCACCCCUGGGGUCAGAUCUAUGUCUGUUGGGGGGGAAUCAAAACCUCCUAAGAACAAGAUUUUUAAAAAAUGUAUUUAGCUACGGGCCUUAUCAUGCCAGAUCACAGAAAAUAAAUGUAUUCCUCAUAGAGGUAACAAAAAAUUGAUUGGGCCUUGAGGGAAUCUUUUUAAGGAGGAGGAACUCCCUUCCUCCGUGCGAGGUAGUAGCUGACGAUUUUAGCAGUAUCGUAUCCGUCCUUCUUCACCAGCAUACACACUCCCUUCAGGCCACUGGCUGGCCUGAAAUCAAUUGUACAAAAGACAAGGCAGUGGCGCCCUUACUUGGUAAAAUGUAUUAUUUUGAAAACACGGGGGAUUGUCGUCAUAAAACCGAGGUUCGCAGUCCUACCGUUGACCCCCGGCCUCUCCCAUCUCUAAAGCGCCCAGUGUCUCCACGGACGCUCACUUGCGGCUCGUACAAGCCCCUGAGCUGAGCUACAUGUUUGAAAUGUCUAUUCUAAAGGUUACACAUUGUAUACGACAAAUUAAACAUUGAUAUAGCAGCCGACAACUAUUUUCUAUGGAGGGGUAAUGGCGACCUGAUUAGAGAAUAAAGUCCCGCUCCCUCCGUGGGUGUUGAGAUCUGUCCUCCCCUGUUCUUUGUUUUGGUCACCAGCCCAGCGUGUGUGAUCAUGGUGGUGCACGAGUCCCUCCCCGUGAAACCGUUGGCCCUCCAUGUUUGUAAAGCGAGAUGGCUCCAUGUCCGAUCCAUGGACUUGUUAAUUUUCCCCCAUUUCCCGUACUAAACCCACCUGUCACCGCGUCUCUCAGACAUGAGCACCGACCCAUAGACUUUAUCCGCUGGGCUUAGCAACACCCACAGGCUGUACAGGCAACGCUUUGCUUAAAGCACCCAGGGGUGGGAGUUGUUGGCGAAGGUAGGCGGGACGCGCGGCAGACGAUUUGUUUUGGUCGCGAAUGCUGGAUCUUCUUGUUUUCUUGUUGAAUCAGUGCUCUGAUUCCCAGCAUGCAACGUUACCAGCUUCACCGACUCCUCCAGCCCCCUACUGAAGCUACACCCCUUCAUUAUAAGAUGACAGCCACACCCAACACCUGCUCCCUGACAUGACAAGCGACACAUAUCGCGGCAGUUCGGACGUACAGUGGCCUGUCCACAACACGUUACCCGUGGGAGUCUUGUGUGCAGCCCCAUUUCUGACCGCAUUUUAGAAUAUUGCCGUGGCGCUUUUCUUUCCACCCCCUAACAUUAAGCUGUACCUGCCCUCUUCUUCCGUUCCCGCCAAGUCACCCUCUUUGUCCGACUUGGAAACCAGACCAGGCGUACAGAGGAAAGCAGAGAAGAGAGGAGGCGAAGUGAAUAAAUAAAUCAUUUGAUCCAUCUAUUAUUAAAAGUAAACUGUCGGAGACUGGAAUCUCCUCUGUGAACCCCAUCCAAACCUCCAGUCUUAUGUAGCCUUUUGUGUGUGUGUGUGGGGGGGGGGUGUUUGUUUUAAAAACAGCUGCUUUUUAGCCAAUUGCAUCUGUUUUAUAGGCUUUGCUACAGUUACUCUAUUUUAAAACAAAACAUUUCGUGUAAGAUAUGACUUUCAUCGCUGCUGCUGCUGCUGAAAUUGAGCCGAAGACACUUCAAUACUGCGUUAAUACAAGUUCAACAAAAUUUGCUUUUGAAUUAUUCCUCAUAUAAUAUUCAGGUAUAUCUUACUUAGGUAAUGAAAUUUCCUAAAUCUGAUGGAUGCUGCUGAAUAGGAAAAAGAAAAUGCACUGAAAGACGACGGUUCUGCACCUCCACUGUGGAGCCAGAUCUAUUUAAAUUGAGUGAGCAUGUCUCUCAUCCGUCUUCUGAACUAACUUUUACUCUUACGAUCUUCCUCCGUUGUGUCUGUCCUCGGCACAACGGGCCCAAAGCUGUGUCCCAAUUCAGGGGCUGUAUCCUUCGGAGGACUGGGUCUACGUAGACCGCAGAGGCCAAACAGAAAUGAGAUGGUCUGGUCUACGGCGGAGUUCUUAUUUGUGCCACCAGCCUGGUCCGAGAUGCAAUUGCCCACGGUAUGAGAAACAUCCAAACUGCCAUCUUCACUUAGCCCGACAGACGUACUAAAAGCUGACUGGUAAAAGUCGUAUUACCAGAAUCUCACUCUAUCCCUUCCACGUCUGAUCGAUAAUGUAUGUCCAGAAGGGGUGAAGAAUUCAUUGUGGCAGAACCCAUAAAUGCUUACUCCGCUUGAAAAAGGAUGAACGAUGGGAUGGAUGGGUCUGCCUCUUACCACAGAUGAAGGCUGCAUCCCAGUAAUUGUCAUAUUAUGCCUCGUUUUUAGCCGCGUCACACUGCAGUCGAAGCUCUCAGCCUCACAUCAUGAGAGGAGGCGACCGAGAAUUCCCGGAAUGCUGCAGUGCAGCUGUUGGGACGUUUCAGAGAUGUGAAAGGAAUAUUGCGUAAGUCUUUUUUUUGCGAUUGCGGCCUAAAUGCCACAUGUGGCCGGCCAUGAACCCCUUGCUCCCUCCCCAACUAAUAUAAAUGCUGUUACAAAGAAAUGGAAAGGAAUUUAUUUUUUCUAUGCUUUGUAGAAAAAUUGAGUGUAGAUAAAUAUGUGUCUUCUGUUGUGCAAGUGCUCAAGAGAGAAAAAAAUGUUUACAGCUAAAAAUAAGCGAGGCGGUUAUUGGGAUUGGAUAUGCAAACGUUUGUUUGUGAUGUAUUAUAGUACUUCUGCUUUGACUUUCAGGACAGUGAUGUUGAUUCUUGCUUGGCAGCGUAUAAUGUAUUUAUGGUGAAUAAAAAUGAGUACUAACUUUUACAGUA